UAAAACAAGCUCCCAAUUGGAAUGACAGUGUAUUACGGUGUUCAAUUUCCACCAUGGAUUAUCUACUGAACAUUUGCAUUCUGCUCGUAAUAUUCAGCGUAUCCAGUCUUUCCAAGCAAUUUUGGGACUUUGAACUGAUUAAAGUGGGUUAUUUUACCAGUAAUGCCUCCAUAGCAGACAUAGAGUUGAAUGCCAAGCGCAUAGAUCGCGGUCGUUAUGGUUGCAGCGGCUUCAUAGAAGCAAAAGUUGACAUAUACGACGAGGAUGUUCGGGUAGAGCUCAUUGUUAAGCGUAGCGCAUUCAGGUCGGGUCCCUACACCACCUUGCCAAUGAAAAUUGACAAUGAAACUCUACCCACCGUCUUCAAUGUGUUCUAUAAAAAUGUUGUGAUGGAAAACGCUCAGAAGUGUUGUGAGAAUGCCCCAUAUUUUGAAGGGAACUAUGUGGGUCCGUUGACCAAGCGCCGGGUGGUCUUAAAUGAAUGUACCAUAGACACUGAAAAGUUACCCAGUUAUAUGAUGGAAGGCUACUAUAUUACACGUACCACAGUAUAUGCCAAGGAUUGGUAUGGCUAUUUGGAGACACUGGUCUAUGUUGAGAGUGCAAAAUAGUGAAAUAAAUAAAUUUACUAAUUUGUAACGAAAAUAAAAAAAAAUGAAUGCAGAAAAAUUG